AUUCCAUCUGAACCUAUCACACAGUCUUGAGGGACCAGUUUAUUUUCUAAAUGGGAAAUAUAACAAGUUGUUUUCUGAAGUCCAUUUAAUUUUUCCUCGUAUUUAAUCCACAUCCAAUUCUAUAAAUUAAGAACAAAUUCGUCUCACACCAAACAAAACCCCUGAUUACUCAUCGAUUCUUCGACGAUCGGCGGUUAAGCACGGUGGGUGAUGGGAGGCCAAGGGCAGAUGCGAUUGUGGCGGCGGGCGGAGGAAAGAAUCAACCGCGCCUUCGCCGACAGCGCCGUCGGCCGCUACUUCAAGGUCGACGCUCGCGACACCUAUUUCACCAGAGAACUCCGCGCCGGGGCUGCCACGUUCCUCACCAUGGUCUACAUCGUGUCCGUCAACGCCGCCAUCCUCACCGCAUCCGGCGGCCCGUGCACCGUCCGUGACUGCUCGCCGCGGCCGUCCACCAACUCCUCCGCCUCCGUCCUUCCACCUGGACCCGAGUGCAAGUUCGACGGAAACCCGGGAUACCAGGGCUGCCUGGCGCGGAUCCAGAAGGACCUCGUGGUGGCCACGGCCGCCACGGCCGUGAUCGGCAGCUUCGCCAUGGGCACGGUGGCCAACCUCCCCUUGGCGCUCGCCCCUGGAAUGGGCUCCAACGUCUACUUCACCUACAAUAUGGUGGGCUUCCACGGCUCCGGCCGUUUGCCUUACGAGACCGCCCUCGCAAUCAUCAUGGUCGAGGGUUGUCUCUUCCUGGCGAUCUCCUUGCUCGGCCUCCGCUCCAGGCUCGCCCGCCUCCUACCGCGCUCCAUCCGCCUCGCCUCCGCCGCCGGCAUCGGCCUAUUCCUCGCCUUCACGGGCCUGCAAUCCCAGGUGGGCGUCGGCCUGGUGGGGCCUAGCUCCUCCACCCUCGUCACGCUCACUGCCUGCGCCCGCACCGACCCCGCCACCGGCCAGUGUCUCGGCGGCAGGCUGCAGAGCCCCACCUUCUGGCUCGGUGCCGUCGGCUUCCUCAUCACGGCGAUGUGCCACGCCCGCAACGUCAAGGGAGCCAUGAUCUACGGCAUCAUCUUCGUCACAUUAGUCUCGUGGAUUCGCGGCACCAGCGUUUCGAUGUUCCCCGACACGGAACAGGGGAACGCCAAUUUCGACUACUUCAAGAAGGUCGUCGACUUCCAUUUGAUCGACGCAACCGCCUGGCGAAUCAGCUUCGCCGGCUUCGGAAGGAGCGAGGUGUGGCUGGCGCUGCCGACGUUGCUGUACGUCGACAUUCUCGAGACGACCGGGUCGAUGUUCUCGAUGGCAGAGUACGCGGGGUUCACGGACGGUACCGGCGGGUUCGAGGGCGAGUACCGGGCGUUCGCGGUGGAUGCGAGCUCCACCAUCGUGGGCUCCAUGCUAGGGACCACGACGGUGACGACGUACAUCGAGUCGACGGCCGGGUUGCGGGAGGGCGGGAGAACAGGGGUCACGGCAAUCAUGGUGGCCGUGCUGUUCCUGGCCUCGCUCUUCUUCGCGCCUCUGUUCACCAGCGUCCCGGCGUGGGCGGUGGGGCCGUCGCUGGUGCUGGUUGGCGCGAUGAUGAUGGUGGUGGUGCGGGAGGUGGAUUGGGCGGAGCCGAAGGAGGCGGUGCCGGCGUUCCUCAUCAUGCUCCUGAUGCCGCUCACGUACUCGAUCGCUUAUGGGAUUGUCGCCGGCAUAGGGGCGCACAUUGUGCUCCACCUGUUCGAUUAUAUUACCGCGGUUUACAGAUGGUUCGACAACACGAAGAAGAACACCGAUGGAAAGCAUGUUUUGGCCACAGAGACAGAAGGAAAUACCGCUGCAAUUGCAAAUGCUUCUGUUUGAUUAAGAUCAAGUCGUUACACUUGGAAAUCGCUAAUUACAUCUCAAAUCUUCCAUUGGCCAGAUGAUUAAAUUCUCAAAGGAUUCUUAACAGUUUAGACCAACGUUGAAGACUGCAACAUCUCACAUUCUUAGUGAUUAACCCAUCUCCCUUGUGCUAAGCUCAUGGAGAGCUUGCUAUCUAUAUAUAUAUACAAGAACAAUGAUGUUUAGAAAUUGUGUGACCUCUUUAAUACUAAAGUGAUAUUACCU